AUAAUCACGAGACAUACGAGUCGAGUUUGCGCAGUGUGUAAAUAGCGUUAUUUUGAAGCUACUAUAAUUGAUUUCUAAAUUAAAACAAUGUUUAUCAAUAACAAAUGAUCUACAGGAAAAUGCACACAAAUAUUACCCAGCAUAAUAAGUGCUAUCAUGUUGAUAAUUUGCUUAAAAAGUGGUGCGAACUUUAAACAAAAAUACUUUAUUGUGAAGUGAGUGACACAUGUGCCAGUGAUAAAUUAACAAGCUUCGGUCCCAAAAUGGACUUUGUCAUUGGGGGCCUCGCUGGUGCGGGCGCUACCAUCUUCACUAACCCAAUGGACGUGGUGAAAACGCGAAUGCAAUUGCAAGGAGAGUUGCGAGCGCGCCACGAACACACCGCUCGCUAUCGAGGCAUCUUGCAUGCAACAUACGUCAUCGCCAAAACUGAUGGCAUGAUGGCACUGCAGAAAGGUCUCGCUCCUGCCAUGCUUUUGGGCUUCACAAUGAACUCUAUUAGAUUAGGGAUGUACCACAUAGGAGAAGUCCAAGGUUGGACCAAGAAUAAAGAUGGAUAUAUAGACUUAAAGAAAGCAAUGUUAUGGGCAAGUUUAAGUGGAAUUAUGAGUGGAGUAUUUGGAAACCCCGCCUCGGUAAUCAAAACGAGGAUCCAAGCUGCUGCCCACCCUAGUAUAGCCGUGGGACGUCAGCAUAAGUAUAAAGGAACGGUGGAUGGUUGUGUACAAAUUUAUAAGACGGAAGGCAUCCGUGGUUUCUUCGCUGGAGUCAAUGCGACCUGUAGCAGGCUCGCAGUGGGAAGUGCUGCACAACUCACAAGUUUCUCCGCUACAAAAGAAGCUUUGAAGACGCGGGGUGUUUUUGAAUACUCACCGUUCGGACUUGCGUUCGCCGCAAGUGCAAUUAGUGGUGUGGUUGUAGCCUUAGCCAUAUGCCCCUCCGAUGUCAUCGCCGUCCGCCUCUAUAAUCAGGGUAAUAAUUUCCCAAUUGUGUCUUUGGGGUGCGGGGUGUUGUGCGUUCUGCUCGAAACACCACUGGAUGUUGUGAAUACUAGACUAUAUAACCAGGGUAACGUUGACUCGGGAGCAUGCGGCCGGCUUCCAGUAAAGGGCCCACAUACAAGGGUGUGUGGGACUGUUUCUUCAAGAUAUACCGAACAGAGGGACUCCACGGUCUGUACAAAGGACUUGGACCUUUGUAUUUUAGGAUAGCGCCGCAUACGACACUAUCAUUAGUCAUAUGGGAUAUGUUAAAUAAUUUAUUCUUAGAUAGUUGACAAAUUUAAAAUAUCAUUUAUAUAAUAUUAAAGUGCUGGAAAAUCAUAAUAUACGUACUAGAGUAAUUGCUAAAAAAAUAUAUUCAAAUAUACU